GAGCUCAGAAACUGCCAGCCCAGACCACAGGCUCAGAGGCUGAAGCAGGAGGAAGGAAGGACUGGAAGGAAAAAGAGACAGGUUAGAGGGAAAGAGGCUUGGGAAGGAAACAGCAGAAAAGAAACUGCUCAAUACACUUGCAGAGAGGCGAGUAACGGUGGAGAUGAGAACAGAGGGGGCCAAGACGAUGAAAGACAAAAAAUACAUAUAGAGCGAAAGAGGAAAAAAAUGUCAAGAAGAACAUCCAUCCGGAGAAAUGAAGAGAAUGAAAGUUUUAAGCUGCAGAGCCUUUCUGUGCUUUUCCGGCACAAAAUUCUCUCGCUGAUUUUAAGCCCUUUUGCGUUUGCCAGCCGUUGACAUUAAGAGGCAUGUUUAACGGUGCCAACAGCAUCUCCUUUUCCUUCUCCUCUUCCUCUUCUUCUUCUUCCUCCUCCUACUCCUCUUUUUCCUCCUCCUCAUUCUCCUCCCAUCAGCAAGAAGACAAACCGAGGACAGUCUUGAAAUAUCGAAAUUUCCUCUUUGGGAUUUGCCAGCGCCGCGUUGCGCCAAGACUGUCGGAAUAAAGGACGCUGACUGUUGUAUUAUCAUUAUUUUAUUAAUUGGUCAGUGGAAAGAUUACAGAUGAGGAAAGGGGACGCCUGCCACCCUUCCUGUGCUAAGAUUAAAAAAAAUGAGGCUGGAUUGCGGGAAGCUCUAAAAUGAAGCAAAAGGAGUAAGAUAUUUAAAGACAGAAAGCCACAGGAGCCCCCACGUAGCGCACUUUUAUUUGUAUUUUUCAGAUUUUUUUUUUUUUUCGUAGUGGUGGGGGAGGUGAUUGGGUGGCUGACUGGCUGCGGGAAGCUACUUCCUUUCCUUUUGGAGAUGAUUGUGCUAUUAUUCUUUGCCUUGCUCUGGAUGGUGGAAGGAGUCUUUUCCCAGCUUCACUACACGGUACAGGAGGAGCAGGAACAUGGCACUUUCGUGGGGAAUAUCGCUGAAGAUUUGGGUCUGGACAUUACAAAACUUUCGGCUCGCGGGUUUCAGACGGUGCCCAACUCAAGGACCCCUUACUUAGACCUCAACCUGGAGACUGGGGUGCUGUACGUGAACGAGAAAAUAGACCGCGAGCAAAUCUGCAAACAGAGCCCCUCCUGUGUCCUGCACCUGGAGGUCUUUCUGGAGAACCCCCUGGAGCUGUUCCAGGUGGAGAUCGAAGUGCUGGACAUUAAUGACAACCCCCCUUCUUUCCCGGAGCCGGACCUGACGGUGGAAAUCUCUGAGAGCGCCACGCCAGGCACUCGCUUCCCCUUGGAGAGCGCAUUCGACCCAGACGUGGGCACCAACUCCUUGCGCGACUACGAGAUCACCCCCAACAGCUACUUCUCCCUGGACGUGCAGACCCAGGGGGAUGGCAACCGAUUCGCUGAGCUGGUGCUGGAGAAGCCACUGGACCGAGAGCAGCAAGCGGUGCACCGCUACGUGCUGACCGCGGUGGACGGGGGAGGAGGGGGAGGAGGAGGAGGAGAAGGAGGGGGAGGUGGCGGGGGAGCGGGCCUGCCACCCCAGCAGCAGCGCACCGGCACGGCCCUACUCACCAUCCGAGUGCUGGACUCCAACGACAAUGUGCCCGCUUUCGACCAACCCGUCUACACUGUGUCCCUACCAGAGAACUCGCCCCCAGGCACUCUCGUGAUCCAGCUCAAUGCCACGGACCCGGACGAGGGCCAGAACGGUGAGGUCGUGUACUCCUUCAGCAGCCACAUUUCGCCCCGGGCACGGGAGCUUUUCGGACUCUCGCCGCGCACUGGCCGACUGGAGGUAAGCGGCGAGUUGGACUAUGAAGAGAGCCCGGUGUACCAAGUGUACGUGCAAGCCAAGGACUUGGGCCCCAACGCCGUGCCUGCGCACUGCAAGGUGCUAGUGCGAGUACUGGAUGCUAACGACAACGCGCCAGAAAUCAGCUUCAGCACGGUGAAGGAGGCGGUGAGCGAGGGCGCGGCGCCCGGCACUGUGGUGGCCCUUUUCAGCGUGACCGACCGCGACUCAGAGGAGAACGGGCAGGUGCAGUGCGAGCUGCUGGGAGAUGUUCCGUUCCGCCUCAAGUCUUCCUUUAAGAAUUACUACACCAUCGUUACCGAAGCCCCCCUGGACCGAGAGGCGGGGGACUCCUACACCUUGACCGUGGUGGCCCGGGACCGAGGCGAGCCUGCGCUCUCCACCAGUAAGUCGAUCCAGGUGCAAGUGUCGGAUGUGAACGACAACGCGCCGCGCUUCAGCCAGCCGGUCUACGACGUGUAUGUGACUGAGAACAACGUGCCUGGAGCCUACAUCUACGCGGUGAGCGCCACCGACCGCGAUGAGGGCGCCAACGCCCAGCUUGCCUACUCUAUCCUCGAGUGCCAGAUCCAGGGCAUGAGCGUCUUCACCUACGUGUCCAUCAACUCUGAGAACGGCUACUUGUACGCCCUGCGCUCCUUCGACUACGAGCAGCUCAAGGACUUCAGCUUUCAGGUGGAAGCCCGGGACGCUGGCAGUCCCCAGGCGCUGGCGGGAAACGCCACUGUCAACAUCCUCAUAGUGGAUCAAAAUGACAACGCCCCUGCCAUCGUGGCGCCUCUACCAGGGCGCAACGGGACGCCAGCGCGUGAGGUGCUGCCCCGCUCGGCAGAGCCGGGCUACCUGCUCACCCGUGUCGCCGCGGUAGACGCGGAUGACGGCGAGAACGCUCGGCUCACUUACAGCAUCGUGCGUGGCAACGAAAUGAACCUCUUUCGCAUGGACUGGCGCACCGGGGAGCUGCGCACAGCGCGCCGAGUCCCGGCCAAGCGCGACCCCCAGCGGCCUUAUGAGCUGGUGAUCGAGGUGCGUGACCAUGGGCAGCCGCCCCUGUCCUCUACCGCCACCCUGGUGGUUCAGCUGGUGGAUGGUGCCGUGGAGCCUCAGGGCGGAGGCGGGAGCGGAGGCGGAGGGUCAGGGGAGCACCAGCGCCCCAGCCGCUCCGGCGGCGGGGAAACCUCGCUAGACCUCACCCUCAUCCUGAUCAUCGCGCUGGGCUCGGUGUCCUUCAUCUUCCUGCUGGCCAUGAUUGUGCUGGCCGUGCGUUGCCAAAAAGAGAAGAAGCUCAACAUCUACACUUGUCUGGCCAGUGAUUGCUGCCUCUGCUGCUGCUGCUGCGGUGGCGGAGGUUCGACCUGCUGUGGCCGCCAAGCCCGGGCGCGCAAGAAGAAACUCAGCAAGUCGGACAUCAUGCUGGUGCAGAGCUCCAAUGUACCCAGUAACCCGGCGCAGGUGCCCGUGGAGGAGUCCGGGGGCUUUGGCUCCCACCACCACAACCAGAAUUACUGCUACCAGGUCUGCCUGACCCCUGAGUCAGCCAAGACCGACCUGAUGUUUCUUAAGCCCUGCAGCCCUUCGCGGAGUACGGACACUGAGCACAACCCCUGCGGGGCCAUCGUCACGGGUUAUACCGACCAGCAACCCGAUAUCAUCUCCAACGGAAGCAUUUUGUCCAACGAGACUAAACACCAGCGAGCAGAGCUCAGCUAUCUAGUUGACAGACCUCGCCGAGUUAACAGUUCUGCAUUCCAGGAAGCCGACAUAGUAAGCUCUAAGGACAGUGGUCAUGGAGACAGUGAACAGGGAGAUAGUGAUCAUGAUGCCACCAACCGUGCCCAGUCGGCUGGUAUGGAUCUCUUCUCCAACUGCACUGAGGAAUGUAAAGCUCUUGGCCACUCAGAUCGGUGCUGGAUGCCUUCUUUUGUCCCUUCUGAUGGACGCCAGGCUGCUGAUUAUCGCAGCAAUCUGCAUGUUCCCGGCAUGGACUCUGUUCCAGACACUGAGGUGUUUGAAACUCCAGAAGCCCAGCCUGGGGCAGAGCGGUCCUUCUCCACCUUUGGCAAGGAGAAGGCCCUUCACAGCACUCUGGAGAGGAAGGAGCUGGAUGGACUGCUGUCUAAUACGCGAGCGCCUUACAAACCACCAUAUUUGAAGCUAUUGUGGAGGCAGCUACGUGGAGAGACCAAUGUGGCACAAGAUCAAGGGCUACCACCAACCACAUGAGUGAGCUUGGAAACAGACUCCCAGGUUGAGCAUUCAGAUGAGACCACAGCCUCUGCUGACAGUUUGACUGCAACCUUCUGAGAGUCCUUAUCCAGUGGCACUAGCUAAGCUGAAAUAAAUUUUUGAACCACACUGAUUGUGAGAUAAUAAAUAUUUGUGGUUUUAUGUUGCUAUGUUUUGGGGUAUAUUGCCAUGCAGCCAUAGAUAUUUAAUACAUUAUGUAGGUGAGAAUCCUAUUGUCUGAUACAGGAAUAUGAAGUAUUGAUUUUUCUGGUGUGAUGUGGCCAUUUUAGAAAACAAUAUAUAUAAUGUACACACUGUUCCUUUACUUUCCUCUUCAAAUUUCAGUUCUUGCUUGUUCUCUUUUCCUGACCUCGUACACAAAAAAUAAUCCCCACCAUUUUUGGGAUUAAUCUAUUGGCUUAAAAAAAAUAAAACUGUUCUCAUCAGAUGAAAAAUGUAUUAACUUUAGUGAUUUUUAGUUGUGGGAAUUACUUCUAAUUUUCUUCUUUGAAACAGUUUGCUUUUCCAUAGAAUCCUCUGUAGGACAUAUAGCCUUUUAUAUGCAGAUUCAUAUACUUAUGCUUUGAAAUAGCUCUGAAUUCCCUGUAGCUUAAACUGAGAACAUGAAAGGCCAAAUGUUAUGUCGAACUGAAGGAUAUAAAAGUGCACGUACAUGAAUCCAAAAUGAGAUAUAGAAAUGAGCGGCUUUUCACACAGUGAUGUCAGUUUUAGACAGAUUAUUGAAGGGUCUUUAUAACUGCAGAGAUUGCCAUGAAAACUCUGCCUGGGGAUAGUCUCAUCAGGUUGCAUUUUGUGUUUCUUCAAUACCAAAAGGUGAGUAGAUGUUAAGUGAAACAAGAGAAAUACUCUGUGACAAAAGUGUUAACUCUCUUCCCAAAAAUGACAUCUGGUUUCACAUAGCAAACACAGUGCGAUCUAGUGAUGGAAUCAUCUACCCAAUCUGUCACUCUAGAGAUGGCAGCCUAGAUGAGAUGCUUACAUUUUAAGAAGUUGAUAGAAAACACACACGGCAAUCUUUAUCUUCACAAUGAUUCCAUUGACAGACAAAGGCCUCUUCUGCACAGGAGGGGAGAUUAUUGUGCCAGUGACAGACACAUCGAGAGUAUUUAAAGCACCCACAUUCUCUCUUACCACCAGCAGUGAGAUAAAAGAAAAAGAAUUGUUUUUUGUAUGUUCACAACUUGAAAUUAAUACUAUACUUAUUUAAAAACAGAUUAUAAAAAAACUCAACUUUAUAUUGGAAGAGUACGUAGUGUUAACUUGUAAUAUCCCAUAAUUAUCAUGCUUAUUUUGAAUUAAGUAAAAAUAUAUCUUAGAAUUGUUCUCUUGCAUCAGCUAUUCAUAGAGAAACCAUUUUUUUUUCUAUUUACAGUGCAUAUCCUCUCCUGAAAUUAUAUCUAAACAAAGGAAUAGAAUAUCCACAUUAUCUGGCCUUGUUAGUAAAAAGAAAUGUAUUUUAAAAUUUAAGACAAAAAUCUCCUUAAUUCUGGUGUUUCUAGAAUGUGCAGAUAUUAAGUAGGUACAAUUGAAAUCAGUACAAACUGAGGACAACAAUUUUUUGAACAAAGUAUAUACUUUGCAAGUAAUACUUAUUCAAAGGGAAUUGGGUAUGUGUUGAAAACAACACUUAGGUAUUCACUCUAAGCCAGAAAAUUCUGCCAUAUUUUGCACUUUGCAAACUUUACCACUUAUAAUCUAUAAAGUAUGUAUUGGAAGAAAAUGAUGAUAGCUCAAGCAAAAACAUAAUUGUUAAUUAGCUCUGACACAGCAACAAAAAAAUCUAAUCUAUGAAAGUGUUUUUUCCUGAAAUAAUUAACAUAAAUUUAAAAAAAUCAAAGGUUUCAAACAUAUGCUAUAAUGUUUACAUUGUUCAUGCCACUUCAUUAAUUUAUACUUUAGGAAAUACACAAUGUAUAAUAGAUAGCAUGAUGACUCUAAAAUUAUUACAAAUAAUUUUAGACUCUCCUCUCACUUUACUACUUAAAAAUGUAAACUUGGUAAAGUUUUGCUAGCUAAUUCAGAAACACGUAUUAGUUCUUAUACCUGAAUUAGGGUCAUGAAUUGAAUUUUAAUCAGAAUGAUGUUUGACAAAAUAAUUUCCAUUUUAUAGGGACAAUCUUUUAUGAUCUGGGGGGUAUACUCAUUGUAUAUAUUCAUGUGAAGUCCUCUGUUCAGUGGAAGUUCUGGGUAGAAAUAAAAAAGCAAAAGAAAUAUGUAAAAUUUUAUACUACUCUCAAUGACUUAUUAAAAUUGUUUCGGUCAUAGAUUUUAUCAGUCAGCAUGACAAGUCAUCUCUUCUUGAUAAAGGGAAUGAAAGAACAUCUCUACCAUGACUUUUUAUAUAACGCCAUACCAAGAUAUGCAUCAAAAGUAACAGAAAUUUUGUAAGGAAAUGCAACUCCAAACGGUGGCACAAACCAUAAUAAGCAUAUAAAAUUCAUUUAAAAAUAAAAACUGAGAUAAUUCUAAAGUUACAGGAAAACUAAUAUUGAUUGAGUGCUCUUUCUGUGACAAGUAUUAUGCCUGUCAUCACCACACUCAAAUGAGAAAGGUACUAUCUUUAAUAUAUUUAAAAUGAUAAAGAUGUGAAAAUCAUGUAAACUUCACUUCUUAAUUAUAAGGCUAGUGUACAUUGGAGCUUAGAAGUGACCUCUGACCAAAUGACACCUGCUUUUAGUUCCCUUAAUUGGUAUGGGGAAAAAAGACAAAAUAAAAUGAAGCAACUCAUCACUUAAUCUUCAUUAAACUAGUCUAAAAUAGAUAUUUUGUGGAUUUAAUUUUAAAGAGAAACGAUUUUAGAUACAUAAAUUCCCCCUAUAUUUAAACCAAAUAGCUCUGUUGUUUAAACAAAGUUCAUGGUGGAAAUAAUGGAAAUGAUCAACGGACUUUAAGGUUUAAGUUGUAGGUUGUGUGCUUUUUCCCACAUCUCCAAAUUAUGACAGUAUAUCUCACAUUAUUUUAAGUGUGUGUGUGUGUGUGUGUAUGUCUGUGUGUGUGUGUGUGUGUGCGUGUUUGAGAGAGAGAGAGAGAGAGAGAGAGAGAGAGAAGAAAUGAGGUAAGAAUAGAUGAUGACAUUAUUGGUAAUGAAUAUAAUAUUAUAGAAUGAAGCACAGUAGAAUACAUUGGAAUAAAAUAAGAUCUAGAGAUCUUGUUUAAAAUUCCCAAAUGCAUGCUCCCUAAUCUUCAGUUCCACUAGAUUGAGGGUGGGGGAGGAUGUGAAGUAAUGAAAUGUUUAUUUCCGAAUUGAUGUCACAUACUAUAUCAAUUUUUGAAAGAUUUACAAUUCUUUAGCAUGUUAAAAGUCUCUGAAUGGUUCUUUAAAAAAAUUGUUAUUUAUCAUUUUUUAGCCUAUGCUUUCUAACCACUGAUCAUAAAAGUAUUUUUCAUAAAAUUAGCAGCCACAAAUAAGAGUUUUGAGGGAAAUGCAUUGGGGAAGGUUGAUUUAUCAUUCCACCUAUUUCACAGAAGUGGAAAAUCAGGCCCUGAGGAGUGUGACUUAAAGUCCUGUGACAACUAGUAGCAGAAUUGGAAUUAAAAUGCAUAAAGCUGAUAACGUUUUAUGCACACAUCAAACUCAGGAUGUGGAAGUAGAGGGCCUGGGCUAAGAAUCAUCUUCUAAUACUUUAAAUCUGUGUGACUUUUGAAAAAUCACUUAACGAAACUGUGCCUCAGUUUUCUAUUUUAUAAUUUGUGACUAAUUAUUUAACUUUUCUAACUGGAUUAUCAGCACAUCUUAUGAAUAAUGCAUAUACAAUUUAUUUGGAUCAUGGUUACAAUAAAUGUUGUGGUAUGUUAUGUAUGUUUAGAUAGAUUAUAGAAGAAGUGAGAAGAAUUACUACAAGGUAAAAAAUGUUAUACAUAUUUCCUUUUCAUUAAGUUUGCCAACAGAGCUCUAGGAUUUUGUGUAUUGCUGGGAAGCUAGAGUCGGUCUUGUGAGACUUUAUAUUGAGAAAAACAAAUCUUUGGACAUCAUCAUUAAAUAAUUGCAUAUCGAAUAGGUGAUAAAUAAUUAAAAUUGUGACAUGGUUUUGGAAUGUAUUUAUGUGGGUUCAGAUCCUGGCUAAAUCACUUACUAGGUCAUUGAUGGAAAUAGCAACAACCAUACUCAUGAAAUUGUUGGAGGAUUAUUGUGUUAGUCCAUUUUCAUUCUGUUAAGAAGAACUAAAUGAGACUGGUAAUUUAUAAAGGAAAGGUGUUUAAUUGACUCGCAGUUCCACAUGGCUAGGAAGGCCAGAGGAAACUUACAAUCAUGGCAGAAGGGAAAGCAAACCUGUCCUUCUUCACAUAGCAGCAGGAGAGGUAAGUGCAGAGCAAAGUGGGGAAAGCCCCUUAUAAAACAAUCAGCUCUCAUGAGAACUCGCUCACUAUCAUCAGAACAUCAUGGGGGAACUGCCCCUAUGAUUUAAUCAUCUCUCAAGAGGUCCUUGCCUCAACAUGUGGGGAUUACAAUUCGGAUUACAAUUCAAGGUGAGAUUUGGGUGGGGACACAGAGCCAGACUAUACUGAUUAUAUAGGUCUCUCUGUGAAUUAUAACUUGUAAUAAAUUGAUAAAAAUCUCAUUUCUUUGUUCCUAUUACCAUACUUAACAAUGAUUUAUCCUUUAGAAGUCAAAUGUAGUCAAAUCACCUACCAGAAACUUAAUGAUGUCAGUGUUUUUGCAUUUUCUAUUUCAAGACUUUUUAAGAGAAUAGUAUUUGAGGGAAGGAGAUAGAUUGUUAACAGUACAUGAAGAUAUUACAAGUUGCUUAUCAAUUUAAUAUUUGACUUUAGAAAAUAAUCUAAAAAGAUCAUAAUUGUAAGAAUAUUAAAACACCUUUAAAACCUGUUUUUAAUAACAUCAUGUUUUUCUUUCAGAAAAAUGUUGCUUAUUUUCACCUGCUCUUUCUUUUCUCUACAUCAAAUAAAAUUUAGCACAAAUUUGA